AUGGUGACUAAUGAGGUUUUAGACGAGCAUAAGAUCAGUCUGAGGAGGAGAUGUGAAUUUGUGACAGAAGGAACUGCUGCAGCAGGAAGUGGAACCCCCCUCAACAGGAUCUACACUGAGCUCUACAUCACACAGGGACGGAGGGAAGAGGUUAAUACCCAACAUGAGGUGUGGCAGCUGGAGACAACAUCCAAGAUGGAGACCCUCAGUGACACUCCAAUCAAGUGCCAGGACAUCUUUAAACCCUUACCUGGCCAAGACACACACAUCAGAGUAGUUGUGACGCAGGGCGUUGCCGGGAUUGGAAAAACCUUCUCAGUGCAGAAGUUCACUCUGGACUGGGCAGAGGGCUUGGAAAACCAACAUGUCAGUCUUGUGGUUCUGCUUUCGUUCCGGGAGCUGAACUUGAUCAAAGAUGAGCGCUACAGUCUUCUCCAGCUGCUCUGUGUUUUCCAUCCAACAUUACAGACGGUCACAGCAGAGAAGCUCGCCGUCUGUGAAGUCGUGUUCAUCUUUGACGGCCUGGAUGAAAGCAGGUUUUCAUUGGAUUUCCAGAACAAUGAGGUCGUGUCUAAUGUCACACAGACGUCAUCAGUAGACGUGCUGUUGACAAACCUCAUCGAGGGGAAUCUGCUUCCCUCAGCUCUCCUCUGGAUAACUUCCAGACCUGCGGCGGCCAUUCAGAUCCCUCCUACAUGUGUUGACAGGGUAACAGAAGUGCGAGGGUUCACUGACCUCCAGAAGGAGGAGUACUUCAGGAGGAGAUCCAGUGAUGAGAAUCUGUGCCGCAGAAUCAUCUCACACAUCAAGGCGUCCAGGAGCCUCCACAUCAUGUGCCACAUCCCAGUCUUCUGCUGGAUCACUGCUACAGUUCUGGAGCACAUGUUGACUAGAAACCAGAGAGGAGGGCUGCCCAAGAGCCUGACUGAGAUGUACUCACACUUCCUGCGGGUUCAGACACAAAGGAAGAAGCACAAGUACGAUGAGAGACAUGACAGGAGGAGGCAGAGGACUGACAGGAAAGUUCUUCUGAAGCUGGGCAGGCUGGCGUUUGCACAUCUGGAGAAAGGCAACCUGAUGUUCUACCAAGAAGACCUGGAGGAGUGUGGUCUUGAUGUCACAGAGGCCUCUGUGUACUCAGGAGUGUGCACAGAGAUCUUCAAAACCGAGUGUGUGCUCCUCCAGAGAAAAGUCUACUGCUUUGUUCAUCUGAGCAUUCAGGAGUUUCUCGCUGCAGUCUACAUCUUCCACUGCUACAACAACAGCAACACAGAGGUACUGGCCAGAUUCAUGAGAACACACAAGAAUCAGUUUGGUGACAGUGAGCCAUCGCUGGAUUUCUUCCUGGACAGAGUCAUGAGAACACACAAGUAUUCAUUUGGUGACAAUGAGCCAUCGUUGGAUAUCUUCCUGAAGACAGUCAUGUCUCAAGCCCUGCAGAGCAAAAAUGGUCACCUGGACCUCUUUGUCCGUUUCCUUCAUGGCCUCUCACUGGAGUCCAACCAGAAGCUCUUGGGAGGCCUCCUGGGGUCCAACCAGAGGUGCUUAGGAGGCCUGCCGGGUCAGACAGACAGCAGACCAGAAGACAUCCAGAGAGCCAUCAACAACCUGAAGGAGAUGAACACCAACAGUGUCUCACCUGACAGAAGCAUCAACAUCUUCCACUGUUUGAUGGAGAUGAACGACCUCUCAGUGCAUCAGGACAUCCAAGAGUUUCUGAAGUCAGAGAACAGAUCAGGGAAGAAACUCUCUGAGAUCCAGUGCUCAGCUCUGGCCUACAUGCUGCAGAUGUCAGAGGAGGCUCUGGAUGAGUUGGACCUGAAGGCAUACAACACAUCAGCGGAGGGACGAAAGAGACUGAUCCCAGCUGUGAGGAACUGCAGGAAGGCUCGACUGAGCGGCUGCAGGUUGUCAAGGAGCAGCUGUGCUUCUCUGGCCUCGGCUCUGAAGUCCAACCCCCAUCUGACAGAGCUGGACCUGAGUGAGAACCAGUUGGAGGAUUCAGGAGUGGAGCUGCUGUCUGCUGGACUGGAGAGUCCAAACUGCAGACUGAAGACUCUCAGACUGAAGUACUGCAGCUUGACAGAGAGCUGCUGUGCUUCUCUGGCUUUGGCUCUGAUGUCCAACCCCCAUCUGACAGAGCUGGACCUGAGUGACAACCCGCUGCAGGAUUCAGGAGUGGAGCUGCUGUCUACUCUGGUGGAGAGUCCACACUGCAGCCUGAAGACUGACUCCUUCUUCAGCUUGACGGCAUCCCUUUCUUCUGGUGUCCACCACCGGGUUCUGGGAUUGCCGCCACGACAGGCACCAGAGACCUUGCAACCACAGCUCCAAACAGCCGCGUCGACAAUGGAGGAUGAGAACAUGGUCCAUUCGGACUCAAUGUCCCCAGCCUCCCUUGGGAGCUGGCAGAAGCUCUCCCGGAGGUGGGAGUUGAAGACCUCCCCAACAGGGGGUUCGGCCAGGCGUUCCCAACAGACCCGCACAAUACGUUUGGGCCUGCCAGGCACAAACAACAGUGAGAGCCCUCUCUCCAACCCGAAGGCGCAGAGAGACGACCCUCUCGUUCACCGGGGUGAACCCCAACACAUGGCGGCUAAGCUGGGGGGCUAUGAGCAAGCCCACACCUGCCCGCCGCCUCUCACCGAGGGCAACUCCAGCGUAGUGGAGGGUCCAGCCCCUCUCGACAAGGUGACAUUCCGUGUCCCCAUCGCCAGCCAUUGUGUCAGGGGAUUGGGUCGCCGAGGCCCCCGCCUUCAACUGCCGCCCGAUCCACAUAGCACCGACCCCUUACAGCUACCCUUGUGGGUGUCCCCAUCAGAUGCCUGUGAUCUCACACUGGAUCCAAACACAGCGCACAGAUACCUCGGUCUGUCUGAAGACAACAGGAAGGCGACGAGGGAGAGAAGGCAGUGGUAUCCUUAUCACCCAGACAGAUUUGACCUGAGCCCUCAGGUUCUUUGUAGAGAAGGUCUGACUGGGCGAUGUUACUGGGAGGUCCAGUGGAGUGGAGUGGUUCAUAUAGCAGUGACUUACAGAGAAAUCACAAGAAGAGGUGCUGGGUCUGUGCUUGGAUACAAUGAACAGUCCUGGAGUCUGGAGUGCUUUGAUAACAGAUACACUGUCAGACACAACAGUGAGUCCACCGACAUCUCAGUCCGUCCCCUUGGAUCUGACAGAGUAGCAGUGUAUCUGGACUGGUCUGCUGGGACUCUGUCCUUCUACAGAGUCUCUUCUAACAGACUGAGACUCCUGCACAAAUUCAGAUCCACCUUCACUGAGCAGGUCCUCCCUGGGUUUGGUUUGAGGUCAGAUGAUCGUUCUAUUUCUUCCUUAUUAGUGGAUAAGGAGGCCAGGCAUCCUGAUCUUUCUUACCAGCUUUCUUAA